AUCUCAAUCAUUAUCAUUUUGUGCUCGACAUUGAUCUGACAGGGAACUUCUGUAGAGGCGCGACGAUGGACUGAUGAUGAAUUGCUGCUCUCCGUUAUUUCAAUGUGCAUUUGAUCAUCACUGAAUAAAAAUGACACUUAGCGAAACAUUAAAUAAAGCGUUAAUCGAAGGGCAUGAAAAUGGCUCUCCUGAUGGGGCUGCAAAGCUUGGCUUUUUCAAAAAUGAUGACGGACGCGAAAACGCUGAAAACGUGUUCGUGCUCGUCGCCCACUACGACUUCAAGGACGGCGAAGACGAUUGGCCCCGGACAGGAAACGACAAGGAUGUUGCGAACCUGAGGAAAACAUUUGCUGUAAACCGAAACUGCCGGUUCAGAGAUUUGCCGUCGCCAAAGAAGGAGGACCUUUUGGCUCUGUUGGCCGACGGGCAACUUCUAAAGAAAUUUUUUGCUUCAGAAGACGCAGAGCCAUCGGUGUUUAUUUUCAUCAUUUUGUCGCACGGAGGUUCCGAGGGGAAGAUUUACACAGACGAAAAUAUCGGCCCAGGACCGAAAGAUUACGACUCAUUCAACACAAAGCAAUUGUUUGGGAAACUGGAAAAAACAUUUGCUAAUAGCUUGCGGCUCAUAUUCCUUGGGCCGUGCAGAGGCGGACUUGAUAUUGGAGAUUCAAAUCCUACAGAAAACCAAGACACGACAAAAAACUAUUCAAGCAAAGUUUCGUUUGAGCCAAAAAUGCACAACACGGUCAUUUUCUACUCAACUGUUGAAACAACAAACGCAGGCCGAGAUAAAGAUAAGGGGACUUGGCUUGUUCAGUGUUUGUGUGAACAGCUCAAUCUGAUGAGAGAGAACGAGAGCAUUGCUCAUUUCUCCACCGGAAUUCAAAAUAGAACUCACAAAUGGGCAACUAAACUUACUUUCAUUAAUGGAAAGCAAAUGGAACAAACAAUGGAAACCAAAAUGUUUCCUCAUGACAGAAUCUUCAAAUUUUCUGUAAUGGAAAACUGUUGCAAAGCAGCGAUCUUCAGAUCAGGCCAGGUGCAAUCUACAAUUGAAUUUGAUUGGAUGAAUCCGCACUCAAAAUCCAUUUUCAGAGGAAAACUGGCAGCGAUAUUUCAUCAAGGAAACGAGACUGAAGAAUUAGAAUUCAUUCUCUCUGAAAAUCUUGGAUUUGAGACUAAAAAAAUAAAAUUAGACUCUCAAGUUGUAAAGAAGUACUUUCAGGAAUUGACGGAAAAAUCGUGGAUCGAGUACGGAUGCUUCGCAGCCUUCUUUUUUGCUCAAGUCACAGAAAAUAAGGAGAAUCAAGUUUGCGUAAACCUGAGUGGAAAUGAGCAAAAACCGAUCGGCGAGUUGAUUCACUCGCUUCUUGGCUCAGAGUCAAAAGAGUGGCGGGGAAAACCGAAGCUUUUCUUCCUGAUUGACGUAGGGACAGCGGCUGGGGACGCUGCAGGGACACUAUCAAACCAACCAAAAAUAAAAUUUCGAAAGGCGACCCCUCACAGCGGCUGGAUGAUUUUUAUUCUUCGAAACAAAGAUCUUUUGCCAAAACUUUUAGAGGUUUUAGUGAGCAUGGAAAUAAAAGGCGAGAGGAGUCUUCAGGAAUGCCUGGACGACCUGCUCGUUCAAUCAAAUGAAGAUAGGAAAGAAAUUAUCCCGCAAACGAUGCUUGUCUCUACUUUGCCGUACUCGCUGCAUUUCGCGCGGACAUUCGUCAAACCAAACUUCAGAAUAAAAGUCGACGAUUCUUUUGAUCGUGUGUAUUUAGAAAAGCUAAUUGAAGAAGCGAUGGAAGUGGAGAAGAAUCCUAUUUGGCUUUUGUCGUCCCUUUCGGGCUCAGGAAAGACGACCGUGAUGAGCGAAAUCGCUCUUGAACUUCAAAGGAGACUUUGCAGGGUCAAGGUUUUCAAAAUCAGCCUUUUGCAAGACGUCUUAAGUCUUCUUCCAAAUAAAAAAGUGUCUCCUUCCUUGGUCACUGUGAUUUCAUCUGCAACUCGAGUUGAUGAGAAAGAAAUUGAAUUUUUAAUCAUGGAGAAAAAAAUCAUUCUGAUGUUUGACGGAUUUGACGAGAUUUGCCCCUUUCGAAGGGAUGCGGUGCUAAAUUUGCUACAAAAAGCGGUUGAAAGAGAAAUUCCGAUUUGGAUUUCGACGCGACCGCAAGAAGAAGUUGCGAUAAGGACGAAACUGGGCGAUUGGCAGAAAAUCUGCGAAGCCAGAAUUUUGCCCCUUGAUGCAGAAAAUCAAACUGACCUUUUGAAGAUGACUUCAAAAAGGGAUGCCGAUGAAUGCAAGAGGUUGAUCAAAAACUUUGAAAACAACGGAUCUGACGAUGUCAUGAGCAAUCCUCUUCACUUGACAAUGAUCGCUCAAUUAGAAGAAUCAUUUUUGGGAAACGAUUCUCAAAACUUGUUUAACAUUUACGAGAAAAUUGUCAAGAAGAAAAUAAGUGAAAUGCUUGCUGUAGAUUACAUAUACGGGAGUCGUAGGUACGAGAUGGAAUUUGAAUAUUGUGAGAAAGAACUGCAAACCAUUUCACUUUCAUAUCUAAAUAACAAGAGUGUAAAGGACUUGAAAUAUCCCCGCAAUGGAAUCGUGACUCUGAUUGAUGGAAACAUCGUUUUUGUGCACCAAACGUUCGCGGAAUUUCUCGCUGCUCAAAAUUACAUUGAAUGCCUGAAGGAAGAAAUAUUAAAUAAUGAUGGAAUGCCUUUGGAUUUAUUGGAACAAAAAUACAGACAAGUUAGAAAAUUUGUGGAAAUGAAAAUAUCCAAGUUGAGAGAUGAAGAAACUCCAAUUUUGAAUUCAUUGUUCAAAGUUUUAAGUGAGAACAUUACCAGAGAAACGAUUUUUGAAAUUUUCAUCAGCGAAAACCUGUCAACCAUGUUCUCGCUUUUUGAGAACCAAAUAUCCUUCAGCAACAAUGGCAGCAAAUUAAAAUUUCAUUUUGAAAAUAGCUAUCAAAUUUUAAAAGAGGCUUGUUGGAACAGCGAAAAAAUCGCCUUGAAACUUUUGAAUCUUGGCGCAUUUGAAAGCUUUGAAUUUUCAAAAAUCAAAGAAAUCACAAAAAUACUUUCCGGUGCGAUUCAGAAAAAUUUUGAGCUCCUCUUUUCUGCGCUCGUAAAAAAGUGUUCCACUAACAGUCUAAUUCAAAAAUGUCGAGCGGAUGAUAAUAAAAUGAGUCAUGCUGUUAAGAAAGCUUCUCGCAAGAAUCACCACAAGAUGCUUGGAUUGGUGAUUGAAAGUGGAUUAAUUGAGCUGCGCGGUCGGGUCGGAAGAGAAGCAUUGCAAACUGCAGAAAAAUUCAACAGCGUCGAGUGUGUUCAACUUCUCUUUCAGCACGGCGUUGCUAGUGCCUUCUAACUUCUAAAUAUUUUUAACUUUAUACGACUAAAAUACUAAGAGAAACUUAACCAUAACAAGGAAUUAAGCACGGUACAAAAAUCAAACCACCCGAAGAACUCACAAUGAAACUGUCUGGAAGUGAUAUUGAUGGAGGAAGUCAGAAGUGUUGAAGUGGCCAAGUUCGCAAUAUUCAAAUGGUUAAUUAAAUUUAAUGUUCUCUAGUAAAGUAAUCAUUAUCAUUUUAUUCAAUAAUA